GCUUGCAGUUAAGCGACCCGGCGAUGCAGAACCAAGCGAGCCGGGCAUUGCGCAGGCCGCUCCAGUUGCACAACCGAAGAAGGCCAAGCGGCCCCUUCCGAGCAGGCCCAUGCAUGCAGCUAAGCGUCCUUGCACGCCAGAGCCAAGCAAGCAGGGCAACAAUCAGAUCCCGUGGGGCCAAAUCUCGGCCUCGGCCAAGUCGCUGUGGGACCGGGCUGUGGAUGUUCUCCGUAGCGCUGCGCCAGCUGAUCCAGAGCCUGAGAUCCAGGAGAUCGGUGACUCCGACAGCGAAGAGCCGACGGCAGUAGCACCGGCAGUCACGCCGGCGGAGGGGCCGGUACCAGAAGAAGCCCUGGAGGCAGCAGAGCCUUCUGAGGGUGGGGCGAUGGAUCAUGGCGGGACCGCCUCUGAGCCUCUUCAUGAGCUGCCUAUGCAUGAAGAGGAAUCCGAGGAGGAACUUCCGGCUGUCGAUGAUCCGCAGAUUGACGAGCCGCAAGAUCACUUGCCUUCGAGCACCGCCUCGUCAAGCGACGUCCGGGAGAGCGCUGUGAGCAUCCUCGGCUUGCGAGUCGAGCCAGCUGCUCAGAAGCUGAUGGCAAAGGUCUUCAGAGAGUCCCUGGCCGCCAUCGAGGAGCGAGUGCAAAGCCAAACUUCCUCGAUGGCGGACCUCAAGUUUCGCGACCGUUGCAAUCCGAACUCAAGGCGCGCACCGCUGGUGAAUAUCAAAUGGGUGGUGACCACA